AUGGUCAAAGAUGGGGUGUUUACAGGGGGAUUGGAUCCAUUAAAGGUUGAAGCAUGGGUCCUUGGCAUAGAGAAAUUGUUUGAAGUGUUUCCUUGUCUACAAACACAGAAAGUAUUGCUAGCCACCUUUACACUAGAAGAUGAAGUGAGAAGAUGGUGGAUGUUGAUGCAUGAAAGUAAUAAAGAUAUUGGUUGGGCAUGGUUCUUGGAAAUUUUCUAUGAUAAAUACUUUCCACAAUGUGUUCAUGACAAGAAAGUUUCGGAGUUCAUGGAACUUAAGCAAAACAGCAUGACAGUAACCGAGUACGAGGCCAAGUUUACUGAAUUGGCCAGAUUUCCACCACACAUGGUUGAUACCGACUAUAAGAAAGCGAGACACUUUGAAGGAGGUCUUCAAAAAGAUAUCUUAGAAAAGGUGAAUGUACUAAAGCACAUUGAUGUGCUAGAUCAGGCCAUAAUAUCAUAA